AUGACGACCUUGGAGGAGAAACCAGACGUGCAGCGGCAGUCUAAUCCCGCAGAUAGAGAGAAAAUUCCAGCAGACUUCACAACCAAAGACGUUGAGAAAUCAGCAAUAGAACACCAUCCGCAGACAGAUAUCCAGUACCACGUCACAAUCAAAACAUGGUGCGUUGUGACCAUCCUCGCACUCUCCUACGGCAUCAGUUUCUGGAUCGUCCCCGCCAUCAGCGCAUGUCAGACCGUAACCGCCACCCAACUUGGUGAUCCUAGCGCCGCGUCCUUCUACGUGAGCUUGUACACCAUGACUGUAACCAUUGCUUUCAUGGUCUGCGGUGCCAACAGUGACUUGUUCGGCCGAAGGUGGUUCAUCGUGGCGGGAAACGUCAUCAUGUUCGUUGGGUUCAUUGUGGGCGGUUCUGCGAAGAACAACACUUCCAUGUUGGCAGCCAUGGCUUUGAUUGGAUUCGUGAAUGAAGACGCUGGUGUUUAUUUUGCUGUUGUAGUUGGCCCGGUAGCAGGUCGUUUUGCUGCACAAAACGCUGACUCGUGGCGCUGGCUAUUCUAUGCCCCGGCCAUCGCCGUUUUCUUCAGCUUCCUCGGUCUCUAUCUCUACUACUUCCCUCCGAAGCACCCCAGAGGUCUCCCCACAAAGCAAGCCCUCAAAGAGCUCGACUACGUUGGCGCCAUCCUCUUCAUCCUCGCCGCCACCCUCAUUCUCGUCGGCAUUGUCUACACCACCACGCUUCCCUCUAAAAACCCCAAGGUCAUCGGCACGCUUGUCAGCGGCUUCGCCUGUCUCGUCGCGUUUGCAUUGUGGGAGACGUUUGCGCCGCUCAAGCAGCCGCUUACGCCUCCGCAUGUGUUCACAAGGGACAAGGGGAGAGAAUUGACAUUCCCGUUCAUCGUGGGGUUUGUGGUCACCAUGUUCUAUUAUGCUACUAAUGUGAUUUACCCAACCAUGAUCUCGGUGUUCUUCACGGAUGCGACUACGGACUUCAGAUAUGGUAUCUUGCUGACGUUGCCGCAGAACCUGGGACUCUGCUUCGGAGCCGCCCUUUUGACGAUAUUUGGCAGCAAGAUAGGCCACUGGAAGUGGACUCUCACUGCUUCGGUGACUGUCAUGGUUGUCUUUGGUGCGCUUCUUGCACUUGGCAACCCUGAGAGAAAAGGCAUGAUGCUGGCCUUUGUCUUCUUGUCCAUGACAGGAUUCGGAUGGGCGCAAUAUCUGUCAAUUGCGUUCAUUCAGUUCGGUGUGCCGCAAGUUGAGUUGGGUAUCUCCGGUGGAUUGGCAGGCGUGUCGAGAUUCGCUGGUGGUGCGAUUGCUAUCUCUGUUUACACAACAAUUCUGACCAACGUCCAAUCCACCAAUGCCGCCCGCUUAGUCCCAGCUGCUGCCGCCGCCGCCGGUCUGGAUCCUUCCUCCGCGUCCGCGCUCCUUGCCGCUCUACCUCUAGGUGCCGAUGCCCUAGCCAAAGUUCCAGGAAUCAACUCGGAGAUCAUUGCAGCAGCCGGUGCAGCCUUCACGCAAAGCUAUGUCAUUGGGCUACGCACAACAGCGCUGAGCUCGCUCAGUUUUGGUGUGUGUGCUAUCAUCGCUUGUCUAUUUUGUAACGAUAUUGGGCAUAAGAUGAAUGAUAAGAUCGAGGUGUUCCUGGAAAAUGAUGUCGGUGCUGAGCAGAACAAGUUCCAUUGAGCAGAUGUCGAUCAGGCACCGUAAUAUACAGCAGGAGAGGGGGACAUGACAUAUACCCGGUAUGGAGGCUAUUGCGUCGAUUACUGAAGUACAAUUAAGACUUUUCGGCCUGCUCAAUGUUGAGGUGAACAGUGAAUUUGAGUAC